AUGCCUCCAAAGGGCCAGCAAUCUCGUAGUGUCGCCAUCGGUGGCCGUCAGCAAGCACGUGGAAACGUGGCGCGGGAUACUUUCGGCUGGGUUUCCAACCCGGAGAACAGGAGCGUCGUGAUUGCCGUUACUUUCUUUGCGACUGGCGUGGCUUUCCUACACAGCAGCUGGAGCGAGAUCCUUCUUCCACCGCUUUAG